AUGCCAGACCUGCAGAGUGUUCUAGAAGGACUUGAACAGUACCCCCCCGACACGGAUAGUAUUUACCCUCUUGAGGAGAUCCAACCGCCCGCUAAUUGGGGAUUCACUAUCUACCGCACCUAUUACGGCCCUUCUUCCAAUGACAACUGGAACAAACUGCUGGCCACUACAAAGAGACAUGCCGAAGAGGAGCUUAUGACAUAUGACGACGAUGAGGCAAUCGAGAAGCUCAAAGAACUUUUCCGUUUGGACGCCCGGUCUGACCCCUCUCUGCUGAGCGGUCUGGAUCGACAGGCCCUGUGCCAAAUCUACAAAGAAGGCAAGGGUGGAAAGCCCAUGCCUUCGAAAUCAGGCUUCGUCUUCUUGCUUGCCGAUGAAGACGUGCUCAAUCAAGUUGGAGAGGGUACCUUCAUCGUCAAGGCGGUCGACGCUGAAGAAGCGCCACGGGAGGAGAUUCCUCUGCGAGAGGAUGACGAACCAACAUACUGGGGCUGGAUGAGAAUGGAGACACGCCAGCUUCUGGAGCUGUGGGGAGAGCUCGAGUGGUUCCGAGGUAUUCAGUGCAUGGCCUGGACGGUCCAUCAGGCGGAUCUUGACGAACAGGUGUGGGAAGGGAGCGAUGCAGAUUGA